GAGCACUCAGCGUGUGGUUUGGCAAUGAUAGGUGUAUAUGCAUAUAAAAAGGACGCUCGAAACAUGGUUUCGUUAAUUGUUGAUGAUCGAAGCCCCGAGUCUAAUUCGACGAGGCAUUCUAAUCGCCUGAGAAGUUACCGGAAUCGUGUCCACCAUCCAUGACCAUAUCAGACAGAUGCUAUUGAUGCAACGGCCGUUUAUUUAUGACCGACUCGUUCAAAUUCCCAUCUCUAUCUCUCGCUCGCAGUGCGAUCGCGCGGUGAUCCGAUGGCGACGGCGCCAGCGACGCAUGCGCGCAGCCACCGCUUUCGCGCGCCGCCUCCGUCCCCGAUCGCCACCGGAAAGGGGCUGCGGUCGGCCGCCGUCGACGAUCUCGUGCUCACCGAGUAUCUAGAGGACUCGCUGCGCGUCCCCGAUCUCAACCUUCCCGAGUCCUACUUCCCGUCGAGGUCCCCGCUCAAGGCCCUAGCGGAGGUCGACCUCCAUUCCCUGGUCUCCGGUGACGGUUUGGCCGUUCGGCAGGUGCUCGCCGCGGCGGCGGAGAUCGGAGCCGUGCGCGUGGCCGGCGGAGGUGCGCCGUUGGCCGAGGAUGCGAGGGCGGCGAUCGAGGCUUGCGGCGUGGUGUUCGAGACACCGGAGGGGGAGAAGAGUAAAAGCGCGCUGGGGCAGCAGUGUUUCGGGUGGCGGGAUGCCCUCGCCGAGGAGUUCUAUUGGUAUCGGUCGCGGAGCCCCGAGAUGGAGCAGCUUCUCCAGCGGACCUGGCCCGACUCGUAUCGGACCCUCAGAGAAAGAAUGGAGAAUGUUGCAGCUAGACUGGAGACUGUUGCAGAGUGCAUUGCCAAUAUUCUCUCUAAACAUUUUGUGAGUCAAACACCCUCCGGAGUUGGCGAGAUUCACUCGAUCCUGUGUCUGAGAAAGUAUGAAUCCCAUCACAGCAGAAGUAACAUGAGGGAGUUCAGCGAUGCCAAAUCCCUUUCCUCUCAUGCUUUGAGUCUCCACAUUUCUGGGGACGACCAUGAAUUUUGCAUCCGUUGUCCAGAGGGCUCUGCAAUUUUCGAGAUGUCAGCUGGUGACAUAGUAGUUACAAUUGGUAAACCACUCCAGGAAUGGAGCAAUGGAGAGCUAAAUAUUGCCUCAGGGGAAGCACUUUUCCAGCCAACAGAUAAUCCAUUUCCUUCAUUCACCCUCGAAUACAUGUGCUCUCCACUAGUUUUGUCCCAUGAGCCUGAACAUGGAACAAAGACGAUCUCUUUAAUAGAUCAGUUGUUAAUAGUGCUUGUUCUAUCCUUGAUAUACAGCCUCUGGUCAUGUGUUUUCUCCUAGUUCAACAUAUGAUAAUUACUUUCUGUUUGUAAGAAGAUGAAGUUGGUUUGUAUUGGUCUUGAAUUCAUCCAAGAUUAGGUACGAACCAUAUCCGGCGUUUGUUUCAUAUCAAGGAGCAGGAAGGCUUUAUUGGUUUGAGUCUCAACAGCUCACUUAUUUCCAUGUUGAUGGAAACGAGUGAUCACACCGUGAUGCUUAUCAGUAGCAGCAGAAGGCCAAGUUUCUUAGUGUGAUUCUACUGCAGUUGAAUAGUUUCUUAGUGUGUC